AUGUCGGCCAAUUCGACAACGGUGUCUUCGGGGGUGAGCCCUCCUCUCACGACGGAUAAUGACCAUAACCAUAGCGGACUGGUUGUGGUCAUCACCGCAUUCAAUCUGUGUCUGGUUUUGUUUUCUGUCGCAGCUCGCACCUUCUCUUCGUACCAUAGAAAUAGUCUGCAGCGAGAUGAUUAUACAUUUGGCGCUCUCGUGCUUGCAGCAAUUUGCCAGAUCGUAAUCGUGUUUUGCCAGGUCCACUAUGGGUGGGGAACUCCGAUCGGUGGCAUCGAGACCACGAGCAAAGAGCAAAUGUUGAAGACUGUAUAUCUUGCCGAUAUAUUUUCCAUUCUUGUGCUCGGCCUUUCAAAGAUGACAACCUGCUUGUUCUAUGAGGGCCUAUUUUCCCAGAUGCAACGUCGACUUUCCUUUGUCAUUCUUCUGGUAAUGAUCGCGUGGACAAUACUAUCCGCAUUUCUGUUGGGAAUACGGUGUUCUUCUAGUCCCUGGUCCGAAAUCAGUGCAACUGAUUGCAGUGGAUUACUUACCCGCUGGGAUGUCAUUACAGCCCUCGAUAUUUCCACCGAGAUUGUACUUCUUUUGUAUGCGGCAUUUGCAAUUCACAAAGUCAGGAUCUCGACCAAGAAAAAAAUCGUCGUGUUUUGCGCUCUCGAGAGUCGGAUUUUGGUUAUCCCCGUCGCGGCAAUCCGUCUGCACUUCAUCCAAGCCCAACUCUCCUCGGAAGAUCCAACUCUCUCCGGCUCCUUUGCCACAGUCUCAACGGAGACAUACAUAGGUCUUAGUGUCAGCUGCCUCUUGACGGCCUUUCUUAAGUCCUUCGUUGCAGUCUACGAAGACGAUAUCGGGAUAACAUAUACGUAUCGAGGGCCAUGGAAGUCUGAAUUAAAAGGCACUUCUCAGUCUAAUUUCCGGUCAAGAACUGCUGCGCCGAAGGAAACACCAUCUCGAAAUCUCCCCAGUCGUUUGAGAAUAGAGCCAGGAAUAAAGGGCUGGGAGCGAGAAGAGGACCCCAUCAUCGAAUUAUCUGAGGGUAUUCAAGGGCAUCAAAAUAUGAGAACUGUACAUUUAAGCGUGCGAGACGAGUUUAUAGAGCUACCAGAACGAAGUGAAACUACAAGUAUUUAA